GUUUGAUCAUCCAAAAAAAAUCAGCCGUUAAAAAAUAUCGGAGAAUUAGGUCAGCAACUUAACAGCAACAACGGCCACGUAAGGAAUGUAACAACGGUGUUUUUGGUCAUAAAACUUUUACUAAGAAUCGACCAGGAGAUGUAAUAACCUGCUCCAACGAGGAGAGAGAUGUCCGGUGAUUUCAGCAUCUGCAGACUGGGGCCGUAGCCGUCAGACCGGUCUGUCUGUAUGUCUGUCUGCCUCCCUCCGCCGGCUUUAGGAGACCCGCAAGCCCGUAAAACGUCAACUCUGCUGUAGUACCCCGCCUGGAUGGUUAGCCGGGGGAUGAAGAGAAGUCCACAGAGCCUUCUAAACUGAAGCUGAAGACUCGUCUGUAGGAAAUCACUACUCUCCUCGUUCGGCUGCUUGGUAGCAACACAGUGCACAUUUCAGUAGUUCAAAAAAAACAUCAUAAAUCGGGGAGUCCAGUCUGUGAGCUCAACCACUUAAGACAUGUUAGCUCUGAUCCUGCUGUCCCAGAUCAUCUUUACCUAAAGAAGUAAACAGAGUGGAGUUUGACAAUGUCAAGCCGCAGGAAAUCGACCACACCUUGCAUGGUGUUACCCUCCAAUGUGGUGGAGCAGGAAGAGGUGGAGGAAAAAACAGAAAGGACAAAGGUUGAAGAGGCAGAGGAGGAGGAGGGGAAGGUGAAAGAGGGAGCAGAAGAAGGGCCGACUGCAGAGGAGCUGGAUCAGGCUGUAGUGGUCGUGCCAACACCUCCAGAUACAGAUGUGCCCAGUGCCUCUGCUGAAGACAGCGAAGCCCCCUCACUUAAGCGCAGCAGUACAAACCCUCCUGAUGAUCCCACCAUUGAACAGGCCACACAGGAACCACAGUGCGAUACACCCGAGGAGGGCAGCUCAGACCCUGCUGCAGUAGCUGCCAUCUCUCUCAGCAAGACCCCCAUCAUGAGGAUGAAGACCAAAUCUGAACCCAAGAGGAUCGCUGUGUCUCUGAAGUCAGCAGAUGAGGGGGUGGAGGGCUUUGGAGGAGGCGGAGAAGGGGAGGUUGGAGGAGAGCAAGAGCCUAUUGAAGCUCCACUUGGGCCAAUGACGCCUGUGGAAAUGCUGCUGCACGACUCCAUGAAGCUCGCCGGAGGUGGCAUGUUGGUCAGCCCGCCCUCAGAGCAGCAGAGGAAGUCCUCUUCUUUAAACCCAACAGUGCUACCUGCAGGCCUUGCACAGGUUCUCUCUGCUUUCCAGGCUCAGCAGAGUGCUGCAGCAGCUCAGUCUCAGCUACUGAUUCCCCUCAGCAGUAUCCCCUCCUACAGUGCUGCUAUGGACACCAACUCCUUGCUGGGCAACACAUACAAGAAGUUUCCUUACCCCUCCAUGGCCGAGAUCAGUGGCCUGGCAGCACAGACGCAGUUCACAGAGGAGCAGAUCAAGGUUUGGUUUUCAGCUCAGCGGCUGAAACAUGGUGUAAGCUGGACUCCAGAGGAGGUGGAGGAGGCCAGGAGGAAACAGUUUAAUGGCACCGUGCACACAGUGCCUCAGACCAUCACAGUUAUACCUGCUCACCAACUGUCAGCUGCUGCAAACGGCCUGCAGUCCAUCCUUCAGACGUGCCAGAUAGUGGGCCAGCCUGGCCUGGUGUUCACACAGGUCGGCCCAGGAGGGAACCUUCCAGUGACCAGUCCCAUCACUCUGACAGUGGCUGGACUGCCCAGCCAGUCUCAGAGCUCCAGCAGAGGUUCCUGCCAGUCCACCCUAACAAACAGUGAGCUGAAACGAGCCACCACAGUUCAGCCCCCCUCUCUUUCUCCACAGGUGGGGAUAGCAGCAGUUGUUGCUGCCUCUCUGGAGAACUCAGCCCUCAGUGCUGACACAUUCAGUCUGCGGCCGAAGAAAUCAAAAGAGCAGCUGGCAGAGCUGAAAGCCAGCUACCUGAAAAACCACUUUGUCACUGAUGCUGAAAUUGCCCGGCUGAUGAAGCUCACCAACCUGACUAAGGGAGAGAUCAAGAAGUGGUUCAGUGACACUAGGUACAAUCAGCGCAACUCCAAAAACAGUCACGUCAUCGCUUUCCAUGAUGGAGCAGUAAGAGGAGGUGGCAGCUGUAGCAGCAGUGCAACAACCACCAUUGUUAUCGACUCCAGUGAUGAGACCCCCACCUCCCCCAAUCCUCCACGCACUCCUCCUGUGAAGGAGAAAGAGUCCCGUCCUAAAACAUGGAAUCCGUUCCCAGACUUCACCCUGCAGAAGUUUAAGGAGAAAACUCCGGAGCAGUUGGUGGUGCUGGAGGAAAGUUUUGAGAAGAGCAGCACUCCGUCGGAUGAAGAACUCAGCCGCCUGAGGUCCGAGACUAAACUGACGCGAAGGGAGAUUGAUGCCUGGUUCACUGAAAGACGAAAAAUGCCUUCCAUCAGCACAUCCUCCCCAGAAUCUUCUGAAGGAGGAAAGAUGGAGACAGAUGGAGCAAAAGCAGGAGAAGAAGUCAGUGCUGCUUCUCCUUCUCCGUCUGCAUCCUCGUCUCGCAAAGGGAGUCAAACUCCUCCAGGCAGUCGCAGUAAACAGCUGCCCACCACCAGCAGCCACAAAGACAUUAAAGAUAAGAAUAAAAAGACUCCGGAGCAGCUCCACAUUCUGAAAAGUGCCUUUGUGCGGAACCAGUGGCCCACAGCUGAGGAAUACGACCAGCUGGCAGAGGAGAGCGGCCUCCCUCGGUCCUACAUCGUCAGCUGGUUCGGGGACUCUCGGUACUCGUGGAAGAACAGUAACUUGAAAUGGUUCUUCCAGUACCAAAGCGGAAACAUUGACGGGCCAAACGGUGGAGGAGGCAAUAAAAUGGGAGGUAGGAAAAGACGUGGCCGAAAUCGUGGUUGGGGCCGUUCCCGAACCAGAAGGCAGCCGAGGAGGUCAGCCUCUUAUGGGGCAGACACUGACAGAUCUCCUCCUGUCAAAAAAUUUAAGAGUGGAAGGGAGAUCCUAAAGGAGUACUAUCUGAAGUUUCGAUUUCUCAAUGAGCAAGACCUGGACGAGCUUGUCACCAAGACCAACAUGAGCUAUGAACAGGUAAGGGAGUGGUUUGCUGAGGUCCAGCGUCGCCUGGAGGCAGGUUCCGAUCCUUUCGAAGAGUCAGUUGCUGGUAGGGCAGGUGGAGAGGAAGGGGAAGGGCAAGGAGAGUCAUCCACUGCCGCCGAGGAUCAGACUGGCACUGGAAUGGGAGAUGAUGAUGAUGAUGAAGGAGAUGAAGAGGAGGACGGCGAUGAUACAGAUGACAGCGAGGUUUGGGAGCCGUCACGUAGCGUAAAGAAGUCUUUGUCAGUUUCGGAGGAUUAACGAUUGUGAAAUGCAUAGUGAAACAUUACAGAAUGUCAUCAGAGAAACACUGAUACGACCAAUGCUGGAAGACAGUUAACUAAGCCAAGUCUUUUUGCCACUGAUUUGCAUGUUUACUAAUGAGCAACUUUAUCUCACUGUUUUACAAACUGCUCCUGAUCCAUGUCUACAUGAGACUAACUGAUGGAUGAUUAACUUUAGCCCAUUUACUGUAGGUAACAUGUAACAAUUUAAUCAAAAAUCAUGGUGAAGGAGGAGUCGUUAGCAAACCCUGCAAAUCUGAAAUGGCACACCAUACUUUGAUAAAGCUUAAAAAAGCAGUGAUUUUACAAUUCUUUAUCACAAGGAAUACCGUGAAGUGCAAUCUUCAAGCUGAGCUGAAGAUGGAAUUCCCCAAAAGACAUCUCCAAAUCUUUCUUUAGAAGCAACUGUUUUAUGACUGUUGUAAAAGAGAUUUUUGGAGGAGUUUCACCAUGCCCUUGUUCAAUUUGCACUCCUUGCUGGCUUAAGUUAAGCAACUGUAGGAGAUGUUUUAACACGUUUAUGCUGCAUUUGCUUGAGAAAUAGUGUUUGUUAAACUGCUGUGAACACAGGCCUAAUUUCAAACCUUUAUCUCCAGUGUUAUGAAUGUGUCAUCCCUUGUUACCCCGCUGGAAGGACUUACCUGUUGUGUUUACAGAUUUGCUUUUAAAUGUUUCACAGAUAAUUAACACCCCUGAGCAAAGUCACCAGUUAAACCAGCACACUUCUUUCUGUGGAGUUGGUUAAAAUUCCAGUAUUCCCCCCCCAGCACAUCUAAGAUAAUCAAUGGAGGACCUGAUACAAAUCAGCACACUGUGGAGCUGACAUGGAUUUAAAAGUGACAUUGAAAGUCAGGCUUUUUUAACUCCAGAGAUAAGUAUCUCAGAAGAAACAAGAGAAAGUACCUUAAUGCUGAAUGAAUGCCAAUGCCGUGAUGCUUUUAAAAACACAGGAUGUCCACUUAAGUCUUCCCUUUAUAGUGGCUUGUUGUUUCAUUUGUAUUAUUAGUAUUGUAGACUUUUAACCUUCAGAUCCGAUGAAAAUGCCACAGUAUGUGUUAAAUAUGCACUGCUUUUAAUGUUUUUAAACUAGUUUCUCACCUUUUUAUAAAUUAUGUGCUGUUAUGACCCUUUUUUAGAUGCUACAAGGCUGUUUUCCCAAAGUUGAAUGUGUUGUCUCCAGUUUGGGGCAGAUGCACUGUUUGUGAACUCUAUAAUGGCCACUAUGAAUCAGAACAAACAGAAGUAGCUAAAAGGAUGGACUGAAUUUGAAGAUGGAGAUGCCGAUGUUCAUAGUUUCCCUUAACAAGUUGCAGCUCCAGUGAAAAUUUAGAGGAAGCCAUCCACAAGUCAUCAUCUUUGCAAAACUUACAGUCACCACCAAAUCAUCGACACCUUGCCUUUAGGUUCAGGCUCACCUGAUUUCUUUAAAAACGAUGCCUAUGAAUCAUUUUGGGUCUUUACCCGCUCCUUAAGAAAGACUGUUAAGCAGAAUUUUAAGAGGAAAAACACAAAGCACCUAAACUAAACUUUGAAAAUGUUGCACUUUGUCCAUGUGGUAUCACAGUGGACUUAAUCCCGAUUAGGCACCUUAAUCUCUUAUUAUACCAUGAAAUGGCUCAGAGAGACCAAAUCUGUUUUGUAUGAAUUCAGACUAAACCAGUAUUUUGCCUUUUCCAUCCUCUGUUGAGGAGGAAUCAAGUUAUCCUUGUUUUCUAAUGAAAUGUGUCGUUUCAUAGUUGGAUGUUUGUAAGGCUCAAAGAAAUGGUUGAACAAUCACGCACUGCUUUUUUUUUUUUUGCAAAAUUGCACAAUUUGAGCCCCAUGUGUUUGUAUUUUCUCCUUUGAAAUGCACAUUUAUUAUAUCUGUUGUGUUGUGUUGCUUUAAAUCUUGGGGAAUUGUCUCCCAUUACUCCUUCUCUUUUCCCAUAUUUCCCUGAUGACUCUUAGCACUUCUCUUGCUGUCCAUGUUUGUAAAAUGAAUGCCUAGAUUCUUGAUGUGCACUUCCCAAGACACGUUUCUGUAAAGUGUCCUGAUGGUUCUCACAAAGACUGGGUUAUAUGAACGUCUCCAAAUCACUGAAACUGUUCAGAAAACAGUCAGAAGAGAUGUUCCUGGAAAAUUCACUUUCUCUAAAAGGAAUUGUGUUGCCUGAAGAAACAGAACCACUUUCCCUCUGCGGUGGGGAAUCUACCAAAUAACACUCCUCUGUUUUCAUCACACUUCACUGCAGCAAACUGACCGGACAUCAAACUGGAAACUCUCAAAUACAGUUUAACACAAACAGAGAGGAGACUCUGAUGAAGCUUUGCAGAUAAACCUUUGUGCCUACACGGCUUGUAUGCUUGUUUGAACAGAAACUCACCGACACUGGGCACGAGACGAUGAGAGUUUGUCUUUGGAAAUCCCACGCUGUCGGUUCUGAAAGGAGUAUUCAAACUAAGUUGUGAUGCAUGACCGAGCUCUGCUUCCUGCUAUCACUUAAAGAUGCCUACAUACUCUACAACUUCUGUUGUAAGUCUUUAAACUGAUACAGUGGUGUUACCAAUUUUAUUGCUUUUUCACCAGGCACAUGUCACACUAAAUGUCGGCACCGUUAGCUCUUUAAUGAGUGUCUUUGAGGCAAACAGUGUCUGCUUGCUGCGAGACAAGUUCAUUAACUAGUAGGGGAAGGAGAGGUGAUACUGUGCUACAUUUUCUUAGAAUGUGACAAGUGCUUGGGCCAGAAAAAUAACAAAUUCAAAAUGAAAAGGUAUACCUUUGUUGAAUACUGCAUGCAAUAACCAAGACGAACAACUGCUCAAUUUGUACAUAAAAUAUUUUGGGUUGGUAUACUUGGCAGAGAAGAAGCCUAAUCUGGGAUUAAUUAUUUGUGUAGCUUAAUUAAUACCAGUUACUUUUACUGUACCAUGGACCUGUUUUCCUUUUUUAAAAUGGUUUUCCAGAAAAUAUUUGUAUAAGCCUAGUCACUUUUAGCUAACACAGACUCCUACAUUAGCAAACUCUCCUUUCAGUAAAACUUUGUAGUCACUGCAGUUUUUACCAUUUUAUGGCAUCAAUUUUCUGCUCUUUGUAGCUGUGGAAGUCAUGGUACUUCAUGUGCUCAUUUUGGCACGUGCUCCAAACCAGCUGUUAAUGAGGAGUUCUGUUUAUCCCCUGGGUUAGACUUCAAUCUUCCACACCAAGUAUCCAGCCCACAGUCUUUUACAGUGUGCUCUUUCUUUACCACAGUCAGUCUGGUUUUCAAUGGUUUUUGUAUGUUUCUAUCUAUGAGAGCUGUUUCAUUACAACUCUUCCCAGACUACAAUGGAUUGUUUGUCAUCGAGACAGACUCCUGAAAUAUGUACAAUAGAGUAGUGUUUUUGAACUAGAAACUGUCUUAGAGUUCAGCUAGUGUUGCCCAAGUAGCUUUUUGGUACUUUGUUAAAAAUGUAAAAUCAGAACUCAAAGGAAAUGACAGUUUUGUUCUAAUUAAGUAGCCAGAGUUGAUGCUCUAAACAGGCUUUAUCAAAAGGUUUAAAGAAAAAAAAUUAAAAUAUUGAAGACUACAAAUGCUUGUAAGGUCCAUUGAAUUGAACUUAAACAUGAAGUUUAUCUUUAACACUCCGUCUGUAAAAACAAAGUUGUAUAAUGUCUUCUGUGGUUCUGAGGGAGCUUUUAAAGUUUGUCAAAAUAAUUCUCUAAAUGUUGUGGUGAAGCUAUACUCUUAUCUUUUUAAUUAGUAGAGACAUGGGCUGAAAAUUUGUACUCUUGAGAGGGACUCUUGUGCUCACAGAAAAAUGUAUGUUCCUGAGGUUUUUUCUGCUUGCAAGAAAGUUGAGGUUUCAUGUGCACACGUGUUUCCAUGUGCAAGAUAACUAUUACAUGUGUACAGGAUACAACAGACAUGGCAAAACGACCAUUCAGCUCAUUCUAUGAGAUAAAAUGGCAGAGACUUUCUCACGAGCAUGCAAAACUUUCUAGUUUUUGCAAGACCUUUUCUCAUGGGCAUCAAAUAUUUUAUCAUGAGUAACAAACUAUUGUCUGCGCAGGCAACACGUUGUAGGUAGGAGAAACUUUCUAGUGCUCACAGGGUGUUGUCAGUUUUUGUCUCAUACCUGAUGUGUUUUUGUUUGCACACCUGAAACUUGACCCCACCCCCAUGUCCCCUAAAGGCAGAGUUCCCUAAUCUGUCUAAAGGCCACAUUGCAUCAAGAAAAAAGAUGCACCGACGGAAAAUAUUAAAAAUAAUUAUUUAGCCAGUUGCCAAUACCAAUGUUUUUUGUAAUGAUCUCUUUACAGGUGUCAGACUCAUGGUACGCCCACUUUUUCUCUUGUUUGACCAAUGAAAGAUCAGAUUUUGUCCAGUUGGUAGGGAUGCAAUAUUAUCGGUAUGGUGUGUUACCUGUAAUGGCAGUGGCAGAUGUUAGCUUAAAGAUCGACCCCGCAGAUAUGAAAAUUUCAGCUAAUAUUUUUCCUAGAAAAAACUGCCUUCAUCAGCUGCAAAUAUUGACUGAACAAACAAAAAAAGGGGGGGGGGGGCAAAUUUUGGUACAUCAGCUAUCAGUGUGGAUCCCUGGGCCGCCAUGAACACCUGUCUAUGUCUCAGAUGUGCUAAAAUGACACUGUAAUGUAAAAUACGUUAGUGGAGUUUUAGGUUGGACCAACAGACCUUCGUCAGCUGAAAUCUUUUUCUUUAUCCUCAUUCCUUCCACUUUAAAGUGUGUUUUAAGGACUAAAAGUUGUCAAUUUGUUCAUCAGUUACAGAAGUUUUAUAAUUAGUAUAAGUAGUAGAGUUUAUAUAGUAAUUUAAAAUUCCCAAAUCCUAUUUUGAGGUCAUACAAAAAAAGCAUUAAAAAAACAUCCUAAAUUAAAUGUAGGCUCAGAAGAUUGUCAAAAAUAUGUGGAGAACAAAUGCUGUUUUUGUGUAAAAUUAUCCAAAGACCCGCGGGGGCUAGAUAAUAGGCACUGGCUACUUUCACACUGCAGUUAAAAGUGACCUGAAUAUUUUUUCUUAUGUUUUUUUUGGCUCACGUGACUCAUAUCUGAUUUUUUUCUGACAGUAUGAACAGCACAAGUCACACUGAAUCUGACCUUUUCUAAUGUGUGGUUCUAAACCACAUGUGUGUCUGAUCCUUUUGAAUUUGACUGGAGUGUGAGCAGUCAAACAAAAAAAUCAGAUCUGAGAAAAAAAUCAGAAUCAAGCAUUUAGGCCUAGUGUGAACGUAACCUUAUUAGAUUAUGAAGUGAAUGAAAGGGUAACUCUAAAUCAAUGAUGUCUAACAAGUCUAUUUGUCAUAUUUCUAAAGCUCCUUCAACCACAGAAACUUAAUAUCAGACACUUAAAAAGGUGAUUUUUAGACUUACUGGUCUCUUUAUUAGGUACGCCUGUUAAACUGCUCAUCAAUGCAUCAAUCUAAUCAUUCUCAUGGCAGUAAAAAAAACACUUAAAUCAUCUUUCUUCCCCAUUCUGAUGCUCAGUUUGAUCUUUACCAGAUGGUCUUUAUUAUGUGUACAUACCUAUGUGUAUUUGUUGCUGCUAUGUGAUUGGCUAAUGAGGUGUUUGUGUUAAUUUGCAGUUAAACAGGUGUACAUAAUAAAGUGGUUGGUGUGUGAAUGUGAAUACACAGGAAACUGAAUCAGUCUGGCUCUGAAAAAUUUUAACUUUAUAAUAAACAAAGUGUUUUAAAUCUUUCAGCUCAACUUUUGAUAUUUUAAUCAUGUAUUAAAUAAUUAUCCAUCACCCUGAGGUGGUGUGUCUUCUCCCUGAGUUGUGAUUUUAUAUCAAACAGUCAUCAUGUAUCCCAGUUUACCUUGUGCUGUAGAGCUUAAAGCUAACAUUGUGAUCUUAAUAGUUAACCUGCUGUCCUGUUGUGCACACGUGUCAUAUCUGUAUCCUGCGCUUACCCUCUGCUAUAGUCCUCACUCGUUUUCUGUAUUUAAAGAGGUAGUCAGUGAAUAUUUCUUACAAGCAAUCAUAGAUUCAAAUCUUCUACAAUGCGACACAACUUUGCCAGAAUUGUGAUAUACUGUAACUGUAAAUGAACGUGUUUUUUACUCAUUUAAUGUGGAAUUUUCACCCUCUAGUAUUUCUGAUCUCCUUUUCAUCUGUUGACCAUUUUUAACUUUUUUUUCCUUGUUACUUUGCUUUUGACUGUGAAAUGAACAGUUUUCUCUUUGUAACCGCUUCAUGUUGACUCACCUAAGUUACUGAAUGAAGACAGUGAUUUCAGCUCUUGUAUUAAGGAUGGUCUGUAGACACAGAUACUCAGAGCACAAUGGUAAAAUGGUAAAUGGACUUGGCUUGUAUAGCACUUUACCCGUCGUGUUGACUGUUUUAAGUGUUUUUACACCUCAGGUCAUAUUUUCCUAUUCACACCACCUUCAGACUCUGCCACUGAUCCACAACUGCCCUAAAAUUGAUCUGAAAGUAUAGGCUUCAUUUAUAAAUGUGUGUUUACUCAGUGAAGGACAACAGAUAUUUACCAUGCCAGUUUCAAAUGUCCUUGAAAUAUAAACUGCAAAAGCUCAUCCAAUGCAUGUAAAAAUGAUGUUUCAUAUUACAACAUUCAUAACUUCAGAAGCUUCUAAGUAGUAUUAAUCUGUGUCUACAGAGCUGACGUUUCCAUCCACAAUAAGUUAUUUGUCUCCGUCUGUACAUCUGAACUGUGUUACAAACCGAGUCUGUCAUAAACAUUUUGUAUGUUUCAUAAACUUUGAUUAAACACAGUUUGUAUGUGUUUGCCUCUGCACGCUGCUUUAGAAAGCUUUCUGUUCCCUCAUCAGCUCGUACGUAGCUUCUCGCUGAGAGGCAGAUGCUUUGUGCAAUGUUAAUUUAAGAUCUCAGCUGUUAUCGCUUUGGCUUGAUUUAGAAAGAGUUAUAUUUUAUACUUGUUUGAGGACAAAACCCAAUAAAUUUUGAUCAAUA